CGGAAGAGUUUUGUAAAAGUCGACCUUUACAUUCUUACUUAAAACAGUGGAAGAGCAGUUGAAGCCACGGUUCGUCAUGUCGAAAAUGGAGCCAUUACGAGGGCUUUUAAAAUGUAGACACUGAGUCUUGUAAACAUGACCAAGAAGUGCCAGGGACAUUUGGAGAAAGCAUGCAGAACAGCACACGUUACCUCAUCUUUUUCCAGUAUAUUGGAACAAAAUACAGUGGGGCUGCGAAAGUACCUUCAUAUCAGCUGGAGAGGAGGAAAGGAGUCCAGGACCACUUGGAGGAUGCGCUAAGGAGACUGAGGCCACUCAAUCCAGUAUCUCUGAAGGUCUCCAGCAGGACAGACAGAGGCGUCCAUGCCCUCUCUAAUUCUGCCCACUUUGACCUCCAACGCAAGAAUGACAAGCCACUGUUUACUGAAGACAUACUUGUUAAGGCGCUCAAUUUCCAUCUUGGGACAGAGAAAAUCAGGAUCACCUGUGCCCACCGUGUGCCUGAUGACUUCCAUGCCCGUUUUUGUGCCCAGUCUCGUACCUAUGUCUACCGGUUAGCCCUAGGAGUCCCCCACUACUCUUUGCUUCCCCUUACAGAAUGCAAUCUGUGUUGGAGCCUGGGCAACAUGGAGCUGGAUGUGGGAGCAAUGCGUAAGGCUGCCACCCUGCUGGUUGGGACUCAUGACUUCAGCAGCUUCAGGGCAGUCAACUCUGACAUAACUUUUAAAAACCCCAUGAAGACGCUGGAUGUGGCGGCCAUACAGCCAGGAAGUUCCUUUGUACACGCAAACUUCCACAGGGAGAUUGUGUUCUGGGAGCUGACUUUUAGAAGCAGAUCUUUUCUUUACAAGCAGGUGCGGAGGAUGGCGGGGGCCCUGGUGGCAGUAGGUCAGGGGCGGCUCUCAGUGCCUGAGCUGAAAGAUAUAUUGGAGGCUCGGGACUCUCUGGCUUACCCACGGGGCCUGGCUGCUCCACCUGACGGCCUCUUCCUCACCAGGGUAGACUACAGAGACGCAGACCUGCAGCUUCCACAGCAGACGUCAGAGGAGCAGCUACCGACCACUGGAAACCUGCUGUAUUAAUUUUACUCGAACAUUUCAUUUGUAUCAAUGUAUUUUCAUACAACUGUAUGCAAUGAAUGUAAAAAUGUCCUUUUUGCUGAGUCAGAGCCUCUAGUAUAUUAAUAAAUCUGUUUCCACAUUUACAAAUAAACAGACUACAUACAGAUGAACAUCUACAUGUUCUUUUAAUUCAACAUUUUAAUAUGUGUCCAUGAAUGCAGCUCAGCUACAAAAUACCACACACCUUGAACCUAUCAUUGUCUACACAUGACCUUAAGGUUACAACAAACAACUUGCUAGCCUAGUUAGGCAGUAUUACUCCUGUGUAUGUAUGAGCUGGGUUUUGUAGGUUCUCAGAAUUAUCAAACAAGGUAUACACGUGGAGAAGAGUGGUAGGUUCUAUAGCCACAUCUGCUUUGUGUGUCCAAGGCUCUUGUAUAGUGGUAUUACAUUAUGGAUCAACAAAGUGCACACACACACAGUCACUGAUAAUGUAUACAUCCAAAUGUCCAAAUAAAACUGCAUACGCUGCUUCUUUACCAAAAAGUCUUCACAGACCACAAGUGUGGAUUUCGCGCACACCGUCUCUCACUUGUCUAAUUUGGCUGCAUCUGCUCAUUGAGUGAUUUUCAGCAAGUUGUCCGUAAACAAUCCAUUAAAACUAGACUACCACCGACAGUCUUCUCAGUGCCGGUGGGAGCCAAAUGAGGUUUGUAGAAGGUUCAGAAUGACCAAUCACUGUCUUUGAUGUUCCAGCGUAUUGAUCAACCACAAAAGACGUCACACAGAAUUUCCUUAGUUUUGUACAGUCACCCAUUAAUAAUGCAAGGUUGACUGAUUUACCCUCACUGCAUUCGGAGUACUGCGUCUGUCAAAAUGGAACCUCAUGAGGAAUGUUUUUGCACUUCUUAGAAGUGACAAGUUGUCAAUAAUUCAACCACACAAUUUCUUUAACCUAGAAUUUUAAAUAUGUACACAAGUACAUGUUUUCUAUCCAAGCGACCAUGUUGGAGCAACACAGUGAAUCUGAUUGGCAUAGGUCCUCAAGUCAAUUCAGCAUUUGGUUUCAAAAUGAGAAUUCACACAUCCUAUAGACACCCAGAAUUCGAUAUAUAAUCAAAAUUUCAAGUGUUACUCAGAAUAUUAAGCCCAAUGUCUCAGAAUAUCAAUAACAAAAUCCUAUGUAUAUAUAAUGCACUUGAGGAAGGCAUCGCUUUUUUUUUUAAAUUCACAAUCCUUAAUAACAGCACAGUCUGGGUGAAGAAUGGAGCUGAGCUAAAGUUGAACUGGAGACCCUGAUUGAAGAGAUUGUGGGGGACAGUGAGAAACAAAGCGGAACUGAUCACAUCAGUACUUGUCAUAUUUUCAAUUAAAAUGCAGUUUUAUGACAGACAGGAAAAAUGAUCAAUGCUCAGCAGCGUCACCAAGCCUAUCCUAAUAACAGCCGUUAACAGCUUUAAAAAUAAUAUAAAUAAGUAUGAGAUGUAGUUCACUAAUGAUUGGCUAAACAGAAAAAUCUGAAUGUCAGUGACUUCGAGUUAGUAGUGUAUUAUCAAUCUAGUGAGCCUUUUUUGGCAUUUGGCUACACACCCUGAUGCUAAAACUGAGGUUAAUUCGGGAUUAAUUUGUGUAAUGUGAAAACAGAUUAAUAAGUUUGCAUAGACCCUUGAAUCCCAACCAUCACCAUCUUAAUAACAUAAUCUUAGAGGUUAAAGUCCUGCUUGGAGCAAUAUGCCCAGCAUCACCCUUUGUACUUAGUUCAUUAAAUUUAACAAAGCACAUUAAAAGCUGUACUAGUCUACAUGAUACAGUUACAUUCAAUUUCACUUUUGUUCCUUAAAAUAAAAAAAAAGGACUGUGGCACAUAGAAAUGGGUAGUUCUCUAUAAGGGUUUUUGUGAUUCGCUUGUGUCAUGCCGCAACUACAGCCAAAACGAAAAAGCAUAUUUUAAUCCAUGUGUGUUCAGCUUUUGCAGCAUCAUGAUACACAGCAAUAAACUCACAGACUUUAUUAAAAGAAGUACAAAGAGUGAAAUGGGGCAUGUUCCAGACUUAAAACACGCUCGUCGGAGAGGAGACACAUCCACAUGUAAACAUAUGCUGUGUUUGUGGUUUUUCUUUCUUCUCCAAUGGCUAAAAAUAAAAUCUAAACAUAAAACACUGAAGGAGUAUACGGUCGUGGCAGAGGGAAGAGGGGAAAGCAAGUUGAGUCGGUGUCCUCUUUAGCUGGCGAUUUUCUCUAUUUCAUCCAGAUCAUCUGUGUCUAGUUUUUCAAUUUUUUUAU